AUGUUGCCCCUCCUAGCCAUCCUCUUCACCCUUUCCUCAUCCCUCACCUUCGCAUCGGCCUGUCCCGGUCACCUCGCCGCCCGUCAAGCAGCCGCCAAUGCCACUUCCUCUCCCUUCACCUUGGGCGAGGACCCUCCUGCUCCUCCAGCAAACCUUGGCUACACCCUCAACCACUUCUCCCUCAUCGCCAACAACCUCACGGCCAUGACAGCCUUCUACCGCGACGUCCUCGGCCUCCGCGAGAUCUUCUCCUACAUCGCCAGUCCCGACUACACCGUCGUCUACCUAGGCUUCUCCCACGGCGGCAAAAACGGCACUGGAUACCAAACCGGCGAGCAACUGUACGCGGAGAAGAACAAUAUCGAAGGCCUGCUCGAACUCGUCCACCACAGCUCCACCGACGACCCGGACGCGCCGCGAUUCGAGCCGAGCACAAGGGUGCCGAAUACGUUCGGUCACCUCGGACUCAUCGUACCGGAUAUCAAGGCCGCGGAGCGCAGGUUCAAGAAGCACGGGGUCAAAAUUGUUAAACCUGCUGGUGAGGAGGUGCAGUGGGAUUCACUGGGCGCGAGGGCUUUUGGGUUUGAUGAGCUGCAUUCGAGCGUGCAGAAGGCUAGGGAGGCGAUCAAGGGGGUGGGGAUGAUUGGGUUCAGUACGUUUGUGCUGAUUGAGGACCCGGAUGGAAAUUUGCUUGAGGUUCAGCAGCAGGAGCCCGUGGGGGCGGGAGGGGUGUAA